GUGAUGAAGAUGAAGUAAUUUAAGAAUCAAGAGUCUAGCUUUUCUUACUACAAACCCUUUUCUGUUUGGAAAUUUUCGAUUUUGGAUUUUGCCCUUUUCUUCACUAUUUAUAACCAUGCAAUCCCACGACCAACCCCUUCUAUCUCCAUGGCGGAAUCCGGCGAUUUCAACGGUGGUCAACCUCCUCCUCAUAGUCCUCUAAGAACCACUUCUUCCGGUAGUAGUAGCAGCAACAACCGUAGUGCUCCUCCUCCUCCUCCUUUAGUGAUGGUGAGAAAACGAUUAGCUUCCGAGAUGUCUUCUAACCCUGACUACAACAACCCCUCUCGCCCUCCUCGCCGUGUCUCUCACCUCCUUGACUCCAACUACAAUACUAUUUCACCACAACAACCACCGUCUCUUACGGCGGCGACGGUUGUAUCUUCUCAGCCAAACCCACCACUCUCUGUCUGUGGCUUCUCCGGUCUUCCGGUUUUUCCUUCAGACCGUGGUGGUCGGAAUGUUAUGUCCGUACAACCAAUGGAUCAAGACUCUUCAUCUUCUUCUGCUUCACCUACAAUUUGGGUUGACGCCAUUAUCAGAGACCUUAUCCACUCCUCAACUUCAGUCUCUAUCCCUCAACUUAUCCAAAACGUUAGAGACAUUAUCUUCCCUUGUAACCCAAAUCUUGGUGCUCUUCUUGAAUACAGACUCCGAUCUCUCAUGCUUCUUGAUCCUUCCUCAUCCUCUGACCCUUCUCCUCAAACUUUCGAACCUCUCUAUCAGAUCUCCAACAAUCCUUCUCCUCCUGUUACCCAACAACACCAACAACAGCAACAACAACAACAACAGCAACAGCAACAACAGCAUAAGCCUCCUACUCCGAUUCAGCAGCAAGAACGAGAAAAUUCUUCCACGGAUGCACCACCGCCACCAGAGACGGUGACCACCACCGCGGCCACAGUCCCAAACACGGCGGAGGCGUUAAGAGAGAGGAAAGAAGAGAUUAAGAGACAGAAGCAAGAUGAAGAAGGUUUACACCUUCUCACAUUGCUGCUACAGUGUGCUGAAGCAGUCUCUGCUGAUAAUCUCGAAGAAGCAAACAAGCUUCUCCUUGAGAUCUCUCAAUUAUCUACUCCUUACGGGACCUCAGCGCAGAGAGUAGCUGCUUACUUCUCAGAAGCUAUGUCAGCGAGAUUACUCAACUCGUGUCUCGGGAUUUACGCGGCUUUGCCUUCACGGUGGAUGCCUCAAACGCAUAGCUUGAAGAUGGUCUCUGCGUUUCAAGUGUUUAAUGGGAUAAGCCCUUUAGUGAAAUUCUCACACUUUACAGCGAAUCAGGCGAUUCAAGAAGCGUUUGAGAAAGAAGACAGUGUACACAUCAUUGACUUAGACAUUAUGCAAGGACUUCAAUGGCCUGGUUUAUUCCACAUUCUUGCUUCUAGACCUGGAGGACCUCCUCACGUGCGACUCACGGGACUUGGCACUUCCAUGGAAGCUCUUCAGGCCACUGGGAAACGUCUUUCGGAUUUCGCUGAUAAGCUUGGCCUGCCUUUUGAGUUCUGCCCUUUAGCUGAGAAAGUUGGAAACUUGGACACUGAGAGGCUCAAUGUGAGGAAAAGAGAAGCUGUGGCAGUUCACUGGCUUCAACAUUCUCUUUAUGAUGUCACUGGCUCUGAUGCACACACUCUCUGGUUACUCCAAAGAUUAGCUCCUAAAGUUGUGACAGUAGUGGAACAAGACCUGAGCCACGCUGGUUCUUUCUUAGGAAGAUUUGUAGAAGCAAUACAUUACUACUCCGCUCUGUUUGACUCAUUGGGAGCAAGCUACGGAGAAGAGAGCGAAGAGAGACAUGUCGUGGAGCAGCAGCUAUUAUCGAAAGAGAUACGGAAUGUAUUGGCGGUUGGAGGACCAUCAAGGAGCGGUGAAGUGAAGUUUGAGAGCUGGAGGGAGAAAAUGCAACAAUGUGGGUUUAAAGGUAUAUCUUUAGCUGGCAAUGCAGCUACACAAGCGACUCUACUCUUGGGAAUGUUUCCUUCGGAUGGAUACACUUUGGUUGAUGAUAAUGGUACACUUAAGCUUGGAUGGAAAGAUCUCUCCUUACUCACUGCUUCAGCUUGGACACCUCGUUCUUAGUUUUCUCUUUUUUUUCAGAAACAAUGUGCCCAUAAAUAGAUUUACCUGGGUUUUACUUCUUUUUUUUUGUUAUGUAUCAAAAAGAGAGGAUUUGUAAGUCAAAUUGUUCUCACUCACCCUUUGUAUGGACUACCUUGGAAUACAUAGAAGUUGAUCAU